CACCAGUUUUCAUGAGACUCAUCGCUCCAUUGGGUCUAGCCCUCCCCGCUGCUGCCACCGUUUUCCUCAAGGAGACCUUCCCCGAUGGUUGGGAAGAGCGCUGGGUUAACUCCAAGUGGCAGGGCGAGCAUCUCCAUGGCAAGGUUGAGCACGCCGCUGGCAAUGUUUUCGCGGAUGAGAAGAAAAACAGAGGCCUCAAAACCGCUGAGGACCACCGCUACUACGCCUACAUUAGAGAGCUCGACCAGCCCUUCUCCAGUGAAGAUAAAGAAGUCAUUUUCCAGUAUCAAGUCAAGUAUGAGGACGGUAUGGAUUGCGGUGGCGGCUACUUGAAGUUUGCUCCCAAGAUGGACAAUCUCUCCGCUUUCGACAGCGAUUCAGCUUACAAUAUUAUGUUUGGACCUGAUAAGUGUGGCUUCAAUAGUCGUACUCAUCUCAUUUUCAACAACGGCAAAGAUAACAUUCUGAAGACCGAAGACCUGCCCUACAAGCAGCAAGACACUUCGUCUCAUGUGUACCGGCUCGUGCUUCGGCCAAACGACACCGUCAGGGUGGAAGUCGAUGGAGAAGAGCUCUUUGAUGGCUCCAUUGAGGAGAACUGGAAGUUCGGCGAACCUGCUGAAAUCGAUGACCCUGAGGACACCAAGCCUGAGGACUGGGUGGACUCUCCGAUGAUGGAUGAUCCCGAGGAUAAGAAGCCUGAAGAUUGGGUGGACGAGGCGAAGAUUCCCGACGAGAAGGCGACCAAACCUGAUGACUGGGAUGAGGAAGAGGAUGGUGAGUGGGAGCGGCCUAUGAUCGACAACCCCGAUUAUAAAGGACCAUGGAACGGCAAGAAAAUCCCUAAUCCAGACUAUAAGGGAGAAUGGAAGCCGAAGAAGAUCCCUAAUCCGAACUACGUUCCUAUCGAAAAGAUGCAUAAGUUUGAUUUCGGAACGGUCGCUCUCGACGUUUGGCAAGUGACCUCAGGCGCAAUUUUCGAUAAUUUCAUAAUCACCGACGAUCCCAAAGAAGCAGACGCUCUUUUUGAAGAGUUCAGGGAGUUGAAAGCUGUCGAGGAGGCCAAGGCCAAGGAGGAAGCUGAGCAGAAGAAUGUUGAGGAGGAGAAGGAAGAGACAACCGAGGAGGAGGAAGAUCUUGAUGAGGAGGAGUCUAGUGAGCAGAAGGAGACCAGUGAUGAUGACUUGUGAAAGCACGAUCAUGAAUCACAACCAUGUUGGUGAUUUUUUUUCAUACUAAGAUCACGCAUUAACGACUGAGGGGGGAAAUACUCAUCGCGAAUACCAAUCUUCAUGAUUGGUAUCUUUCCCUAUACUUGUCGUUAUCUAAGCCGCAA